UUGCGCAGAGGCAGAGACUGCAGGGAUGCGAUGGCGGAGUCGCUGCCCCUGGAGAUGCUCACAUAUAUUCUGAGCUUCCUGCCUCUGUCAGAUCAGAAAGAGGCCUCCCUUGUGAGUCGGGCUUGGUACUGUGCAGCCCAGAAUGCCCUUCGGGAGGAGAUCGAGCUUGGGUCCUUGCGCUUGCACAGCAGGUGGCGAAACCACUGAGCUAAAUCCCCUUCCCCUGAAAAACUUAUUUUGAUUUGUGUUAUGAGCUCCAUCCCAUACUUGGAUCUUCUUCAGCUCUCCUUAAAUCUGAGCGAGGGACCAGGACCUUGGACCCACAGCCCCACCUCAAGGGAAUCUGUCUCCUCUCACUGGGAAGGACCACAAUCCAAAGUAGGGUCUGGAAGGUGAAUCUGGCUGAUUCCUGAUUGCUAUGCAGAGACCACGAGCUGGGUCCAUCUCUUAUACACACUCCCCACCAUGACAGGCAUGGGUGCCCUUCUGUCUGGUGCAGAACCCACACCUAAGAAUGAGUUCCACGCUUCCUGGAAGAAUCCUGUUGAUAAGACUUUGCAGAAGCCCAUUCUGCCUGUCACUUCUACUCUUCUCAUUCCUUUUUCGUGCUGUUCUGUGGGAUGUGAGCAGGAAACAAUGGGAUUUUUUGCAGUUACCAACAAGGCAAAUGUUUGAUACAACAUCCCAGUGUCCUCUGCCUCCCUCCCAGCCAUCAAGAGUUUGGGUCUCAGGGGCAUCUCCUGCAUUAGCCUGACCAACUUGGAUGGCUCACCUACCUCACAGCAGGUGCUGCAAUCUGUUGCCUACCACCUAGGCCUGCACCUGCAGAGCUUGUGCCUAGGUGGGGGCAGCCCCACAGAGGCAUCCUUUGUGGCCCUGAUCCUAGGAUGUCCAGCCCUGCACACCCUUGUCCUCAGUGGCUGUAACAGCCUCUUCAUAUCAGGCAUGCUGUUCACUCAGCCUGAGAUGGCACAGAAUGUCCGGCAGGCAUUGAGUGGCCUCUGUGAGCUCAACCUCGCUGGCCUACGAGACCUGGGUGACCUCAGCUUCAACCAGCUCUGCAGCUGUGUCCCCAACUUGGAACACCUCUCCUUGGCCUACUCCCACCCCACCUUCCAGCUAGGUGCAGCUCAGGGUCCUAUCAGCCCUCAGGACUCCGAUUUUUCCAAACUCUCCUUCUGAAACGUGCUCCGAUUUGUAAAAGAGCAAGCUGGCAGACUGCAUGCCCUGGACCUGAGUGGCACUGGCUUGCUACCCAAGGCCCUGCAGGCCCUGGGCCAGGUGGCUGGGCUGCAGCUGCAGGAGCUGAGCUUGCACAGCUGCUGGGACCUCUCCACAGAGGCUGUGGCCACCCUGUGCCACCAGCAACCAGCCCUUACCUCUCUGGACCUCAGUGGCUGCUCAGAACUGACUGAUGGGGCACUCUUGGCUGUGAGCCAGGGCCUUCGGUACCUGCAGCGCCUAAGCCUGGGGAAGCUGCAGCGGCUGACAGACACAGGGUGCACAGCCCUGGGGGGGCAUGUGGCAAUUUCGGAGCCUGGACAUGGCUGAGUGCUGCUUGGUGAGUGGGCAGGGACUGGCCCAGGCCCUGGGGCCAGUGCAUGGAGCUCCACCCCCACUGAUCACCCUCAGGCUGGCCUACUGUUCUUCACUGAAGGAUGCCUCAGUGCUGUCUGUGACCUCAGCACUGGGCCCAACUGUCAAGAGUGCAAGACUUAUGGUCAUAUGUGGCCCUCACCAACAGGACCAUACAGGCCAUCUGCACCUACCUCACCCACCUCUCAGUCCUGCGCCUGGGCUCAUGCAAAGCGCUCCAAGACUGGGGGCUUCUGGGGCUACGGGAACCAUCUGAGGAACCUGCAUUGGGUCCCCAGGGGUUUCUUCCCACAGCUGUACUCAGAGCAGGAACAUCAGGCUUCAGACCCCGAGGAACCCUUUCUCAAGCCACAGGGACCCUCCCUGCUCAUGCUGCAGGCCCUGCAGGAGUUGGACCUCACAGCCUGCAGCAAGCUGACUGAUGCCAGUCUGGCCAAGGUGCUCCAGUUCCCCCAGCUGAGGCAACUGUCACUGAGCCUAUUGCCAGCGCUCACAGACAACGGUUUGGUGGCUGUGGCCAGGGGCUGCCCUAGCCUGGAGCACUUGUCACUGAGUCACUGCAGCUGCCUCAGUGAUGACGAUUGGGCCCAGGCAGCUGGGUCCUGGCUCAGGCUGCAGCACCUCAACUUAUCCAGCUGCAGUCAGCUCACAGAGCAAACACUGGACACCAAUAGCCAGGUGUGCAAGCAGCUCCAAGUGUUGGAUGUGGCCAUGUGUCCUGGUAUCAAUGUGGUGGCCGUCAGGCACUUCCAAGCCCAGCUGCCUCAGGUGACUUGUGAGGGGCUGACCUGACCCUGACACUCUGAGGCCAGGUCAGUAUCCAUCCCUGCAGCUCAGCCUUCUUCAUCCCAUAGCCCGCCCCAGCCCAAGAUUCUGCACCUGGAGUUUGCCCCAGUGCCUCUUGCCUCCCUCUGCUAUAGACUCCUUGUCUAGGAAUGGGGGUGGCACCAACCCAGGGCAGCCCAGGGGACUUCCUGUUCCAGCCUGCCCCUCAGCUGGGCAGCAGCCUAUUUUUAGCUACAUGUCACCACCACAGGCCCCUGGAAAUGCUAGCUACAUGUUGCUGCCACAGGUUGCUUCUGUGCUCCACUUGCUCCCUUGAGGUACUCAUCCAGCUCCCACAAGCACCAAGCUUUAGCAGCCAAGUUGAUUUUACUGUAAACCCAAACAAGAUUAAAAAUUCCAGAUCUUGCCUCUUAUCUAAA